UUAACCCUGGCCAUGGAAGGGGGGUGGCUGUGAGACCCCCAGCUGCUGCCAAGAGCCCAGGCUACUUGUGCCCAUCUUCCCUGGGCAAGGGCAGCCAUGGCCUGCUGGUGGGCCGGCUGGCUGCUCCUGCUGGCAGAGGCUGGGGGGGCCCGCCUGGAGCAGGGGACGCUGGAGUCCUGGGCGCAGGCGGCUCCACGGCUGGGAAACGCGUCCGGGUUCCAAGCCAGCAGCCUGCAGCGCCGCCUGCCCCAGGGGAUCAUCAUCGGGGUGCGGAAGGGGGGCACACGAGCCCUGCUGGAGAUGCUGGCGCUGCACCCCCAGGUGGCCGCUGCCCGCUCCGAGGUGCACUUCUUCAACCGGGAGGAGAACUACCGCCGGGGGCUGGGCUGGUACCGCCAGCAGAUGCCCCUCUCGCGCCCUGGCCAGCUCACCGUGGCGAAGACCCCAGGCUACUUCUCCUCCCCCCGGGUCCCCGCGCGCGUCCGCGCCCUGGCCCCUGGCAUGCGGUUGCCGCUCAUCGUGCGGGACCCGGUGGAGCGGCUGGUGUCGGACUACACCCAGAUCCUGCACAACCGCCAGGCGCGCUGCAAGCCCUACCCGCCCCUGGAGCAGCUCCUGGUGCGGGGGGACCGGGGCCUCGACACCCGCUACAAGCCCAUCCAGCGCAGCCUCUACGCCCUGCACCUGGCCCGCUGGCUGGCCGCCUUCCCCCCAGCCCACAUCCACGUGGUGGACGGUGGCGGCCUGAUCCGCGAGCCCCUGGCCGAGCUGCGCCGCGUGGAGCAGUUCCUGGGCCUGGCGCCCCGGCUGGGCCCCGACAACUUCUGCUUCUACUGCCUGCAGGCCGGGGCCCGCCAACUUCUACUUCAACCAGACCAAGGGCUUCUACUGCCUGCAGGCCGGGGCCCGCCAACUUCUACUUCAACCAGACCAAGGGCUUCUACUGCCUGCAGGCCGGGGCCCGCCAACUUCUACUUCAACCAGACCAAGGGCUUCUACUGCCUGCAGGCCGGGGCCCGCCAACUUCUACUUCAACCAGACCAAGGGCUUCUACUGCCUGCAGGCCAGGGCCCGCCAGCUUCUACUUCAACCAGACCAAGGGCUUCUACUGCCUGCAGGCCGGGGCCCGCCAACUACUACUUCAACCAGACCAAGGGCUUCUACUGCCUGCAGGCCGGGGCCCGCCAACUUCUACUUCAACCAGACCAAGGGCUUCUACUGCCUGCAGGCCGGGGCCCGCCAGCUUCUACUUCAACCAGACCAAGGGCUUCUACUGCCUGCAGGCCGGGGCCCGCCAACUUCUACUUCAACCAGACCAAGGGCUUCUACUGCCUGCAGGCCGGGGCCCGCCAGCUUCUACUUCAACCAGACCAAGGGCUUCUACUGCCUGCAGGCCGGGGCCCGCCAACUUCUACUUCAACCAGACCAAGGGCUUCUACUGCCUGCAGGCCGGGGCCCGCCAACUUCUACUUCAACCAGACCAAGGGCUUCUACUGCCUGCAGGCCGGGGCCCGCCAGCGCUGCCUGGGCGAGUCCAAGGGGCGGCCCAUCGCCAAGCUGCUGCGGGAGCAGCUCUGCACCUACUUCAGCGCCCACAGCGAGCUCGUCUUCGGCCUGGUGGGGCGCACGUCCAACUGGUGCUGAGUGGGCCUGGGGCCCGCAGGGGCAGAGCCCCCCAGGCAGAGGCUGUGAAAUGUUGGUAUCAGGACAGGCAGGGCAGCUCCCCCCA